AUGAAGUUUAUGAAACUUGGGACGCGGCCGGAUACCUUCUAUACAGAAGAGGCUACCAGGCUGUGUACAGAUCCUGAUGGUUCAGGUAUUGUUACCAUAGAGCUGCAUGAUAUUCCUGGAGGGGAAGAGGCUUUUGAGCUGUGCGCUAAAUAUUGUUAUGGAAUAACAAUCAAUCUCAGUGCUCAUAACUUCGUAUCUGCAUUUUGUGCCGCAAAGUUCCUUCGAAUGACGGAAGCUAUCGAGAAGGGAAAUUUUGUCCUUAAACUUGAGGCCUUCUUCAAUUCCUGCAUUCUAGAAGGUUGGAAGGACUCCAUCGUCGCGCUACAGACGACCGUCAAGUUAACUGAGUGGUCAGAGAACCUUGGAAUCAUCAGAAAAUGCAUUGAUUCAAUUGUCACAUGGUCCUACACUUACACUAGAGUAGGGUUCAACAAGCAGCAGCAAUCUGUUCCAAAGGAUUGGUGGACAGAAGACAUAUCUGAUCUUGACAUAGACCUUUUCCGAUGCGUAAUUAUAGCUAUCAAAUCAACAUAUAUGCUACCACCACAGCUUAUUGGUGAAGCUUUACAUGUUUAUGCCUGCCGUUGGCUGCCAGACACUUCAAAGAUUACACCUUCAGAGAGCUCAUUGUCUCAGGCGGACAAUGUUAUCGAUAAACAUCGGAAAAUUCUCGAAGUCAUUGUGAAUAUGAUUCCAUCAGAUAAAGGGUCAGUUUCAGUUGGUUUCUUGCUAAAACUUCUUAGCAUUGCAAACUUCAUAGGUGCAUCUACAGUUACAAAGACAGAACUUAUAAGGAAAUCAAGCCAGCAAUUAGAGGAGGCAACAGUUAGUGACCUGCUAUUUCCUUCACAUUCACCAUCCAAUCAGCAUUCUUAUGAUAUUGACUUGGUUGCAGCAGUGCUAGACAGUUUCUUGCUGCUAUGGAGAAGAACAUCACCUGCACCUACAGAGAACCCCCAUUCUAUAAAAUCAAUUAGAAAGACUGGAAAGCUUAUCGACUCUUACCUUCAAGCGGUUGCAAGAGAUACCAACUUGCCGGUAUCAAAGUUUGUAUCUGUCGCAGAAGCUUUGCCGGAUAUUGCCAGGAAAGAUCAUGAUGACCUUUACAAGGCAAUCAACAUUUAUCUCAAGGAGCAUCCUGGCCUGAGCAAGGAAGACAAGAAGCGCCUUUGCAGGAACCUAGACUGCCAAAAACUGUCACCGGAAGUACGUACUCAUGCCGUAAAGAAUGAACGCCUGCCAUUGAGAACAGUUGUGCAAGUCCUAUUCUUUGAACAAGAGAGAGGCUCAAGGGCAAAUGAUCAUAGAAUGGCAACAUCGAUAGUGAGGGACGAGCUAAGUAAGCUACAACUAGGCCUGCAUGAACAGACCAUCCGAUCGGAGGGACUAGGGAAAACUCCAGCACCAUCCGAAAGUGGCUCAAGAGAUCAUCAAAAAAUGAAGAGACCAGAUAAAAAGAUACCUCCGGAAUCAGAAAUAGAGGAAAUGGAGGAGAAGGAAGCUAGAGAAGGAGGAAGCUCUGGAAGCAAGAUGAAUGCCAAGAAGAUAAUAAAAAACAAAAGUGGAUCAGACAAUAGCCGUGAUAAAAUUAGAGACAGAUAG